AUGCCCUUCUUCUCUGGCCCCCAGGCCCUGCGCCUGCGCGACCUCCAGGCCAACCCAUCCAACUUUGUCGCGAUGGCCUCCCAAUCCUACGAUUAUGGCAACAAUGGCUUCAUGGGUGUGUUCAGGAACAAGGCUCCCCAUAGCUCGCAUCCCGACUUCGCCAACCUCACGCUACUCGUUUUUGAGGCAGUCAUGGAGGUCGUCUGUGUCAGCCUACCUGGCUACAUCGUCGCAAGAACAGGCCACUUCGACGCAGAGAACCAGAAGUUCCUGGCGAAUCUGAAUACGCAGCUGUUCACACCUUUUUUUACCAAACUCGCGUCGCAAUUGACCGCCGACAAGCUGUCCGAUCUGGCUGUUAUCCCACUCAUCUUUGUCGUCCAAACACUCGUCUCCUACCUCGCAGCGCUCAUCGUAUCACGGAUAUGUGGUUUCAAGAAGAGGGCAUCGAACUUCCUGGUAGCAAUGGCAGUCUUUGGAAACUCGAACUCGUUACCCAUUUCACUCGUCAUAUCCCUUUCGAAGACACUAUCAGGCCUCCAUUGGGACAAACUUCCCGGUGACAACGAUAAUGAAGUUGCUGCGCGAGGUAUUCUUUACCUUCUCAUCUUCCAACAGCUUGGCCAGUUGGUUCGAUGGACGUGGGGUUUCAAUGUUCUGCUGGCUCCCGCUAGUACAUAUAGCAACGAAGAUGGUGGCAUACGUAGCGCAUUAGAGAGCGGAGAAUACCGCGAUCACGAAGCACAAGGUCUGCUUGACGAUUCGCAUUCCGACUACGAAUCCGGGGACGUCACCAGUUACACCAACUCUACAGAUGCUAGCGAUACAGACUCGUUUUCCGAUCGUGAGGGUGUUUUAGCCUCUACUGAUUUUGUUACACCGACCAAUGGCAAUGUCACCGUCAGAGGAGCCGGCAACUUCAACGGGAACACCAACGGAGACGCGAACGGCUCUUUCGAUCCCUAUAAACAGGACAACAUUCCCAAAGGCAUUAAAGGAUGGCCAAAGAGGACGAAAAUGGCAAUCAAGCAAUCUGCAAAGUCGGUUUCUGACAAGAUCGCGUAUGCUGGACGUCGUGUUUUCCAGACUUUGCCCAAAUGGCUCCAGCAACCACUCUCCAAGUUCUAUUCGGUGACCGCCAGGUUUUUGGGUGGUCUCUGGGAGUUCAUGAACCCGCCUCUCUGGGCAAUGUUGGUGGCUAUUAUCGUCGCUUCAGUACCUUCACUACAACAUCUUUUCUUCGACCCUGGAACACUCAUCAGCAAUUCGGUCACGCGCGCUGUCAACCAAAGUGGGCAAGUUGCGGUUCCACUCAUUCUUGUCGUUCUGGGUGCCAAUCUAGCUCGUAACACUCUGCCCAAGGAAGACCAGCACUCUAUGGAGGACCCUAAAGUCGAGAGGAAUCUUGUGAUUGCCUCUUUGGUCAGCCGCAUGCUCAUCCCAACCAUCUUCAUGGCUCCAAUGCUUGCACUGACCGCCAAGUACGUCCCGGUGAGCAUCUUGGACGACCCAAUCUUCAUCAUCGUGUGCUUCCUUUUGAGUGGUGCCCCAACUGCGCUGCAACUGGCCCAGAUUUGUCAGAUCAACAAUGUCUACAUGGGUGCCAUGUCGAGGAUAUUGUUCCAAAGUUAUGUUAGUGCGCACGCAAUAUACCCCACCAUGGCAUCCUCCAAUGAACGAGUGGAUAGACACCCCUCUCCAGAGCCAUCCCGCAGCAACACCAUGGAGGGGGGCUCGGCAUCCCGCCCUGCAACCAAAGUCGUCUCUUUUCCCGAUGAGAGUGCUUCUCCAAUGUCGAUCGGCCAGAACAAGGAGCUCGAGCAAAAAGACUAUCUAGAUCUUGACAAGUCUGCCAGGCAAUAUGCUGCAAGCAUCCAGGGCAAGCGAUUAUCCGGCAGACCAUCAAUUGAACGUCUGGGCUCUCUCAGGCCACCGAGUGUCGAAGGCAACCCAUCGCUAUCUUCUCUCCUCUCAGACAGCUCGGCAGAAACCGCCUCACAUGGCCAUCAUGCACACGCAGGUCUUUUGAAGCAGGUCGGAACGUGGCUCAAGCACGAACGAACGAGGCGCACUGCACGAAAGGCAAAGCGAAAGGCUGGCACCAAGGACAUCGCCGAAGAAGUCGAACCUGCGAAGGAUUUGACAGUUGAGAGCGCUGACCAGUCUGCUGAGAUUCGAGGACGCAGCGGAUCAGAGUCGUCUCUAGGCUCUGUGGCGCUGGAAGAAUUGGCGAAUAUCCUGGAGAAGUCAAUAUCGGUCAGGCCAGUUGACGCGAAGAGGAAGCCAUCUCACAACCGUAAACUUUCAGCUGGCUUGAAGCGGCAUUCCAUCAUAUCGACUGACUCAGAUCACUUUGACUCGGUCGAUCAGCUCGUUCCUGGGUGUGACGCCGUGUUGGACAUCUCAAAGACUAUGGGAUACACCAUGGAAAACUCAGAAUCUGGACCAGACGACGAAGAGUCCAAGAAGCGAGCGCAAAAAGAGAAAGAAGCCUGGGACACAUUCAAGUUUGAGAUUCUUCGCUUGACUCACACUUUGAAGUUGAAGGGAUGGCGAAAGGUACCCACGGAGAUGAGCAGCCAGCUCGACGUACAGAGGCUCAGCGGUGGUCUGACGAAUAUUGUCUACACCGUGUUCCCUCCUAAGGACCUUCCAUCUCAAGCAGAUAGCGCAGACGGCAUACCGAAGCCGAAGAACCCGCCACCCAAACUCCUUCUACGCAUCUACGGUCCUCAUGUAGGGCAUCUGAUUGACCGCGACUCCGAGUUACAGAUUCUGUACCGACUUGUGCGCAAGCGUAUCGGUCCACGUCUACUUGGCACAUUCAGCAACGGACGCUUUGAGGAAUUCCUCCACGCAAAGCCACUGACUGCGAAGGAGCUUCGCAACGAAGAAACCUCAAAGCAGAUUGCCAAGCGUAUGCGAGAGCUUCACGAAGGGAUUGAUCUCACGACGAAGGAGCGAGUAGCCGGUCCAUUCGUUUGGCAAAACUGGGACAAGUGGGUUGAUCGAUGUGAACAAAUCGGCAUGUGGCUUGAUCAGCAGGUUCUCGAGACGGAUCCAAACGCUCCUCUGUCUCCGGCAGAUAAGUGGAAAAAGAGGGGUCUGGUCUGCGGCCUCGAGUGGCCCAUGUUUAGGAAGAUCAUCGAGAAAUACAGGGUAUGGUUGGAGGAGCAGUACGGUGGCAUUGAUAAGAUCAAUGAGCGGUUGGUGUUUUCCCACAACGAUACGCAGUAUGGAAACAUCCUCCGCAUGAUGCCUGAGGGCGAAUCACCGCUUCUACUUCCAGGAAACCAGCACAAGCAGCUCGUAGUCAUCGACUUCGAAUACGCAAACGCAAACCUACCCGGUCUAGAAUUUGCCAACCACUUCACGGAAUGGACAUACAACUACCACGACGCCACCCAAUCCUGGAAAUGCAACGACAAAUACUACCCCACAGCCGACGAACAGCACCGCUUCCUCCGCACCUACCUAGGCCACACACCAAACUACAAAGCCCCAGGCGCAGCCUCAAACCCGCCGACCCCACACCUUGGCCCCCUGCCCUCCUCAACCAGCACAACUACUCUCGCAGCUACCGCGACCGCAACACCAAACUCCAUCUCGGCGUUCAUGCUCGACUCCCGCGCGCCUCCAGGCGAUAAGUCCUUCUUCCAGGAACAGGAGCUCGAGGCGGAGCGCCAGACGGAAGAAGAAGCGCGGCGUCUUAUGGCGGAGACGAGGCUUUGGCGGCUGGCUAAUUCGGCGCAGUGGGUUGCGUGGGGGAUUGUGCAGGCUGCUGUUCCGGGUUUGCCGGACUUUGACGCGGAGGCGAAAGCUGCUGCUGCUGCAGUCGCUAAUGAUGGGACUGCCGCCGAUGCCGUGGUCGCUGAGAAGAAGCACAGCGAGAAUGGAUCCGUGGGUGGGGAGGCGGCAGAGGGUGGAAAGGAUGGUGCGGAAAGGGAGGCUGAGCUUUUCAACGACCAGGAGGAGGAUGAUGAGUUUGAUUAUCUGGCUUUUGCGCAGGAUAGGGCCAUGUUUGUGUGGGGUGAUGCGGUGCGGAUGGGCUUGGUUGGCAUCGAGGAGUUACCGGAGAGUGUGCGGGAGAGGUUGAUUCUCGUUGAGUAUUAG